CUGCAUUUACUAUGAUUGGCACUUCCACGCAUUUGUCCGAUCAGUGCUCACAGUUUGCUAUACCAUCCUUCUGCCACUUUGUGUUUCCCCUGUGUGACGAGCGCUCUCGGACCCCUAAGCCACGGGAACUGUGCCGGGAUGAAUGUGAAGUUCUGGAGAACGAUCUCUGUAAGCAGGAGUACAACAUCGCUAGGUCAAACCCCCUCAUCUUGAUGCAGCUACAGUUGCCUAAGUGUGAGGAUCUCCCACGACCUGACACCUUGGAAGCUGCCAACUGCAUAAGGAUUGGGAUCCCCGUGGAAAGACUCAGCCAAUAUCAUCAGUGCUACAAUGGUUCUGGAGCAGACUACAGAGGGACAGUCAGUGUUACCAAGUCUGGACACACUUGCCAGCUCUGGGACUCGCAGACUCCCCACAACCAUGAUCUCACAAGCAUUCAGUUUCCAGAGCUAGGUGGAGGACAUGCAUAUUGCCGAAAUCCUGGAGGUCAGAUGGAUGGGCCCUGGUGUUUUACAAAGAAUAAAAACGUACGCAUGGAACUGUGUGACAUACCUUCUUGUAGUCCACGUGACAACAGUAAAAUGGGAAUCCUUUACAUCCUGGUUCCCAGCAUAGCCAUCCCUCUGGUUAUCGCCUGCCUUUUCUUCCUGGUCUGUAUGUGCAGAAACAAACAGAAGGCAUCUGCUGCUACACCACAGCGCCGCCAGCUGAUGGCAUCUCCUAGCCAGGACAUGGAAAUGCCGCUCAUUAAUCAACACAAACAGGCCAAGCUUAAAGAAAUCAAUCUAUCCACUGUGCGGUUUAUGGAGGAACUAGGAGAGGAGAGAUUUGGCAAAGUCUACAAGGGGCAUCUUUUUGGUACAGCACCAGGUGAACAAACACAAGCUGUUGCUAUCAAGACACUUAAAGACAAAGCAGAACUGGCUCUUCGGGAAGAAUUCAAACAUGAGGCAAUGAUGAGAUCACGAUUACAGCACCCAAACAUUGUUUGUUUGCUGGGAAUAGUGACAAAGGAACAACCCAUAAGCAUGAUAUUUAGUUAUUGUUCCCACAGUGACCUCCAUGAGUUCUUGGUGAUGAGAUCUCCACAUUCAGAUGUUGGCAGCACUGAUGAUGACAAGACAGUAAAAUCCACUCUGGAACCAGCAGACUUUUUCCAUAUUGUCACUCAGAUAGCUGCAGGAAUGGAAUAUCUUUCAAGCCACCAUGUUGUCCACAAGGACUUGGCCACUAGAAAUAUACUGGUGUUUGAUAAACUGAAUGUGAAAAUAUCUGAUUUAGGCCUUUUCAGGGAAGUAUAUGCUGCUGAUUACUACAAACUGAUGGGAAAUUCCCUUCUUCCUAUCCGGUGGAUGUCCCCUGAGGCUAUUAUGUAUGGCAAGUUUUCUAUUGAUUCGGAUAUAUGGUCAUAUGGAGUUGUGUUGUGGGAAGUUUUCAGCUAUGGCCUGCAGCCUUACUGUGGUUAUUCUAACCAGGAUGUCAUUGAGAUGAUCAGGAACCGACAGGUUUUGCCAUGUCCUGAUGACUGCCCCACAUGGAUAUACACUUUGAUGUUGGAGUGUUGGAAUGAAUUUCCCAACAGACGACCAAGAUUUAAAGAUAUACACAACAGACUAAGAACAUGGGGAAACCUUUCUAAUUACAACAGCUCAGCGCAAACCUCUGGGGCAAGCAACACCACGCAAACAAGUUCUCUCAGCACAAGCCCUGUUAGCAACAUCAGCAAUGCUAGGUACAUUGGACCAAAGCAGAAAACUCCAGCUUUCCCUCAACCACAGUUCAUACAAAUGAAAGGGCAGAUUACACCGAUGGUCCCUCCUCCUCAGCUCUACAUUCCAGUCAAUGGUUACCAGCCAAUGCCUGCCUAUGGCGCUUACUUGCCAAAUUUUUAUCCUGUCCAAAUUCCGAUGCAAAUGGCUCCUCAGCAAAUGCCUCCCCAGAUCAUUCCCAAACCAGGCUCCCAUCAUAGUGGGAGUGGAUCCACCAGCACUGGCUAUGUAACAACGGCGCCUUCCAACACGUCGGUGGCCGACAGGGCUGCUCUGCUCUCAGAGGGCACAGAUGACACACACAAUAUAGCAGAAGACGUCGCCCAGAAUCCUGUCCAGGAGGAGGAGGAAGAGGAGGGGUCUGUGCCUGAAACAGAAUUGCUGGGCGAUAAUGAUACACUUCAGAUGGACGAAGCAGAAAUUCAAUUGGAAGCCUAAGUAAUUUGGCCUCAUUACUAAGAAUUUCACAUCACUUCCAUGCAUGGAGACUGUAGAUCCUUAAGCUUAAUAGAGUGAUUUUGAUUUGACUAAAAGAAAGAAAACUAAAAAACCUACACCCAUGUAAAGUGCAGCAGUAAUGAUAUACGGGGUUUAUUGACCAUUGCCACCAUCAGAUUUUGCAAAUAUGGUGGUAUAGAAUUUCUGGGUUUAAUCUUUUUUAUUGUCCUACAGUUCUUGAGGGAAGCUGCUUUUCCGUUACGUACUGUUGCUGUGCAACAUAUUGCAGAGUAGCAUUGCACAUCAUGUAUAUCAUGAUAUGUGAGUGUAAUGUUAGUGAAUUAUGCUUAAACCGGUAACACAAAAAGGAAUCCAACUAUGGUUUCAGAAUUGCUCUGAGCAUAAGGAAGUGCCCUGGAUGUGAUGGACAGCUUAGUUUAUAGUAUUUAUCUCUUUGAUAUAAUGGACACGAGAUUGUUGUUUGCUUUUUG